CCCGCAGCAUGUGAGCCCGGCGGGGCGGGGAUGCUCUGGCUGCUCUGCGGCCCCUCCCGCGCCAUGGAGAGCCACCAGGUGCUGGUGAUCCGCAUCAAGAUCCCCGACGGCGGGGCCGUGGACUGGACCGUGCACUCGGCGCCCCAGCUUCUCUUCAGGGACGUGCUGGAUGUCAUCGGUCAAGUUCUGCCAGAUGCAACGACAACAGCGUUUGAGUAUGAAGAUGAGGACGGAGAUCGGAUUACUGUCAGAAGUGAUGAAGAAAUGAAGGCCAUGCUGUCCUAUUAUUACUCCACUGUAAUGGAACAGCAAGUAAAUGGACAGUUAAUAGAGCCUCUCCAGAUAUAUCCAAGAGCCUGCAAGCCUCCUGGGAAACGGAACAUACAUGGCCUGAAGGUAAAUACACGAGCAGGGUCUGCUAAUAAUAGCAGUUCUGCAGUCUCGGAUUCCCUUCCAAGCAAUAGCUUAAAAAAGUCUUCUGCGGAGCUGAAGAAGAUACUUGCUAAUGGGCAGAUGAAUGAACAAGACAUACGGUAUCGAGACAUCCUCGGUCAUGGCAAUGGAGGCACGGUCUACAAGGCAUACCAUGUCCCUAGUGGAAAAAUCCUGGCAGUAAAGGUCAUACCCUUGGAUAUAACGCUAGAGCUCCAGAAACAGAUCAUGUCAGAGUUGGAGAUUCUCUAUAAGUGCGACUCGUCAUAUAUCAUAGGAUUUUAUGGGGCUUUUUUUGUAGAGAACAGAAUCUCUUUGUGUACAGAGUUCAUGGAUGGGGGUUCUUUGGAUGUUUAUAGAAAAAUUCCAGAGCACGUACUGGGAAGAAUAGCAGUAGCUGUCGUGAAAGGCCUUACGUAUUUAUGGAGUCUGAAGAUUUUGCACAGAGAUGUGAAGCCGUCCAAUAUGCUGGUGAACACACGAGGGCAGGUGAAGCUGUGUGACUUCGGGGUGAGCACCCAGCUGGUGAAUUCUAUAGCCAAGACGUAUGUCGGAACAAAUGCUUACAUGGCGCCAGAACGGAUUUCAGGAGAGCAGUACGGGAUUCAUUCGGACGUUUGGAGUUUAGGGAUUUCCUUCAUGGAGCUUGCUCUUGGGAGGUUUCCAUAUCCUCAGAUUCAGAAAAACCAGGGAUCUUUAAUGCCUCUCCAGUUAUUGCAGUGCAUUGUUGAUGAGGAGUCGCCCGUCCUUCCAGCCGGGGAGUUCUCGGAGCCAUUUGUACACUUCAUCACUCAAUGUAUGAAAAAGCAACCUAAGGAAAGACCAGCACCUGAAGAUUUAAUGGGCCACCCGUUCAUCGUGCAGUACAACGACGGCCAUGCAGAGGUGGUUUCCAUGUGGGUGUGCAGGACGCUGGAGGAGCGGCGCUCGGCGCAGGGCGCACCGUGAGCUGCUGGGUCGUGGGACAGAGCUUUGGGCUCCCACCCAUCUGGGUCAUAUUGUGCUAAAAAGCAACAAGAUCUUUUGGGAUGUUUGUUGUUGCUUUCCUCCCUCCCGCGCAGACACGUUAAGGAAUUCCCUUCACACAUUUCUCUUGUUUAAUGUCUUCAAAUUAAUCUUCAGUUAAACUGUACACAGCCUUAAAGCGAGUAUUUUAUAUCUCUAUUUUUUUGUUAUUGAAUGUAUUGUAUAUUUCGUGGCUCCAGAGUAUUUUUGAACUCUUAGUUUUGCUAUUGAAUGGCUGACCAGCAGACUGUUCCGAGGUCUGGAGGAGGAGCUGUUGGCUGUCUGGGGAGCGUGGACAUCCACAAAACACCUGUUUGAAAUGGGUUUGGUAUUUUUAAGGAAAAAAAAAAAA